AUAAAACCUGGUGUUUAUUUUGUUGUGUGGAAUCACAUUCCCAGUGGAAUUGUGCCACAUUUCUUUUUAUAAUUACACAACAUAAUUUGCUCUAAAUAUGGCUAAAGUGUCCCAGAUAUUUUCCAACAUAGAAAAAAUUACACUUGAAGAUGGUCAAAAACAAUUUAUGUCAUCCUAUGUUAUAGAAGAUACUGUAAAUGAGAUUGAUCCUUAUAACAAUUGCUACAAAACGCAAAAAGCUUUCCUGACGAAAAUAAUAAAAGAAAUAGAUGAUCUCUCUACUGAAGUCAAUAAUGAUCCCACAAUUUUAAUAAGUGUCAAGAAUCAAAAACUGCUAAGAACUUGCUAUCAACUAAUAACAUCAAUAGGUUUUUCCCAAUGUUUGAUACCUGGAGUAGGUAUAAAUCUUUCAAAAAGAUGUUCUACUGCUAAAGUAUUGACUUCUGUAAAAUUCUCAGAUGAACAAAAAUAUGAAAUGCUCACUGAAUGCACAGACUUCUUCACAAGAAGUUAUACCAUUCCAGUACUGAAAAAAAUUAUAUUGACACUCCAUUUAUCAGAUUACUUAGCAGCCCUUAUACAAUUGUCAUUUGCCCCCCUGAAAAAACCUGGGAGUUAUGGUGAUUUUGUCAUGACCCAAGAAUUAUAUGAGAAACUUUCAAAAGAUAGAGAAAAGUAUAUGCAGACCUAUGAAUACUUAGUUGCAAAUAGUUUCCAACCAAUUCUAAUGAAGGAGCUUUUAGUGCUCCAAAGUGUCAGGGAACCAUCACCACCAAUGUUUGUGAAAAGAGUUGUUGCAAAGGAAAUGAGCAGGAGAUUGUUAGCACCUGGGGGGCUUCUAAGCUUAAUCAGAUGUUUCAUGGAGACCUAUGACAUUGACACUGGAUUUGACUGGAAGAAAAUUGAUAUGAUUUGCAAGAUUGUGUCAACAAAACAUGGAACAGAUUCAAAUGUUGCUUAUUUAAAUAACAUUUGCACUCAACUUUCACAAAUACUUACUUUCAACAACACUCAUUACUUAACUACAGCAAUAGCCUGUAUUUUAAGCAUUCAUGAAAAGUUUCCUGAAACAGAACCUGUAAAAGAGUUGAUCAAAGAAGUUUUCCAUGUCUUUGUUUACAAUGACUUGGUUUCUAAAUCAAACCUACCUGGUACCAUGUUGCUAACACCACAAGAAGUUGACCAUAAGGUUAACAUUUUAAAUGCCUGUCUCUGUGCAUCGAAAAUUGAUUGUCCUCCAUCUCUUGUACUGCCUAAUUUUCAUGUUUUGUUUUUACUUGGAAUGAAUUGUUCUAAAAACGAAGAAUUGAAAAUCAAGCUGAAAGAUAUUUUGCUCAAAUGUUUCGAACUGUUUAAUAAAGAACAAAUUGUGAUGUUAUUUAAAGACAUCUUGUUUGGAAAAGACAAAUCGAAAUUACUCUUUAAGAUUGAGGAAUAUGAUGCAGGGAUAUCCAUAAAGUGUAUUUCAACGGAUAUUGACUACCCUAAAGAAGAUGCUUUCCAGUACUUUUUGAAUUUACUGAAACUGUCCCCUGAUAAUAAUUUCGUUCAAACUAUUUUCGAAAUAUCUUUAUCGGCACUUAUUGAUCUUGAUGCCAAGAGAAAAAGAGUAGGAAAUAAAGGCGCAAUAUCAGCGGAAGGUGAACCAACAAUUUUUAAUGAAAUCGAUGAACAAUAUAUUACGGUGCUACAGCUCCUAUCAGAAUUAUCAUCAUCCCCCAAGAUACUCUCUUCUGUGAACAACAACCCAUCAACAGUACUCAAUUUUGUUGAACACUUCAUUAUGAAUAACCAAAAGCAUUCCCAUGAAGAAUGUGUUACAAUUGCCUUAGUAUUGUUAAACACAAUAUUAUCAAACUCUAAACAAACAGGGAAUUUGAAAAAGAGAUUUGAAAAAUUGAUACCUUUGCUAAAAUCAAUCUCAGCAGAUGAUUCUUCUAUGAACACUGUACUAUGUAAAGAAGCUUUAUCUUUGAUUAUGUCUGAAAAGACGAGUCAGGAUCAAGCUACGGAAUUCCAAAAAGCUAUUUCGGACGCAUUUGACAGUCUACUGCCUGUUAGAGCUCAUGGAAUGAUAGCCUUGACUAAACUAAUUGAUAGCAAAGACCUAGAAACAAUAUCGAAAAAGCACUACGUUUUCUGUUUGUUCCAGGAAUAUCUAAAAGACCCUGAUUCGUAUAUCUAUUUGGCGGCUGUUAAUGGUAUAGCUUCCCUUGGCACAUACUGCCCUGAAGAUGUUUUACAUGUUCUGUGUAAAGAAUUUCUCGAGAUAUCAAUAAAUGACCAGGAUGUUGCAACAAAAACUGAUCAAAAUAAAAUUGCUGAGCUCAGAAUGAAAAUUGGCGAUAUUAUCGUAAAGGUCACAAGAAGACUUGGUGAAUUGGCUAUAGUCCAUAAGACCAUCCUGUUGAACACAGUGUUGUGUGCAUGCAGAGAUGAAGACCCCCUAAUAAGAACCUCUGCAUUAUCUAAUUUAGCAGAAAUUUGUCUUGUGCUUCAUUACAAAAUCGGCUCUAUCAUUUAUGAGGUACUCUUGUGUAUUUGGUCCAUCCUAGAAACGGAUAAGGCAAUAGAGUGCAGAAGGGCGGCUGUGAUGGUCAUAUCGAGUCUUAUCAAAGGUUUGGGCAAAGAAGUCUUAAUACAGCUGAAAGAUAAUUUACUCCCAAUCUACAGAACUUUAAAAGACUUGUACAACAAUAAUGACGAAGACUCAGUUCUGCGUCUUCACGCACAGAUAGCUAUAGAGGAAUUAAAUUAUAUUGUCAAAGAUUUUAUAUUUCCUGACCUAAAGAUGGAAAAAGAAAUAUUUGUUUUAGACAAACCCAAUGAGAUAUUCAAUUAAAAUACGGUAAUAUACUUUAA